AGCUGCGGAAGAGGGGCAUGAGGCAGUAGUUAAGCUAUUGCUUACUAUGGGUCAAGCUGAUAUUAAUUCCAAGGAUACUUACGGCAGGACGCCGCUGUUAUUUGCUGCGAGAAAAGGUCACGAGGCAGUAGUUGAGCUGUUGCUUACUACAGGCCAAGCUAACAUUAACUCCAAGGAUGUUUUCGGCCUGACGCCGCUGUCAUCGGCUGCGGAAAAUGGUCAUGAGGCAGUAGUCAAUCUACUACAGGGUUAUGCCCGAUCUCAUCCUCAAUCAGCCCUUCCAUCCUUUGCUGUUAAGAGACACAGUAUAUGCGACGAGGGCGGAAAACUAUCGCAAAACUACAAAUUAGGUCACAGAAGAACGUAAAUCUGAAUUCAAGCGGUGUGAGCGAUCACGCAAGAGAUUACAAAAGAAAAGCAAAAGAACAGGGAGAGAAAUCAGGGAUACCAAAGGCACUAGAGCUCAGAAUGACUCAAGCAAAGGUCAUGGAAACUAAAAAUGCGAACUAAACUAGAGAAGGGCUCAGGAGGAGAGCAAACACCCAGGCGCGCAGCUGUGGUGGUGUCAUUUGACAGGUGGUUCAUUCAGAUCAUAAAUCGAAUCUAACUCUUAAUUUUCACUAUUUCCAUUAAUCACCUCUCAUAAUCAUUGGUAUCAAAUCCUUGGUUGCAGAUUGCAUGAUUAUCCACUAUUGGC